GGAGGCGUUGCCUGGAAACGAUUAUCAACAAAGUAAAGCAGCCUACUCUCGUUAGCUAUAGCGUUCAAAAGUAAAGAAUUACCUCCACAGCUUAUCCUAAAAAUGUCAGUGCCUUUCUCCAAUACACACCUGCGGGUCCCGCGAGGAUUUGGUACCAUGCUGGAGGGCCUGGUCAGAGAAGUCCUAAGGGACCAGCCUGAAGACAUCCCAAAAUAUGCUGCACAGUACUUUGAAGCACUUCUCAAACAAAGAGAAGAGGGUGGCAUAGACCCUGCUGAGUGGGCUGCUAAAAUGGAAGAUAGAUUCUACAACAACCAUGCAUUCAAGACUACUGGGGCCAGCUCUGAAAACCAGUCUCCAACAGAUAUGACAAUUUCCAAAGAAAUAUCAUAUGCGUCCCAAACAGAAGAUGAAUCAAGUCAUUCAGCAGAAGCCUCGAAUUAUUUCACCAUACAACCUAAUGUUCUGGAAGAGGUCUAUUUAACUGAAAGCACAGAAGAAGAAGAAGAAGAAGAAGAAGAAGAAGAAGAAGAAGAAAAGCAUCAUGUUACAGAGGAAGAUAUAACUUCAGUGGAAAAAGGGCUUCCAGAAGAGGAGUCAAGCAACAGGCUCCCAGUUGCAGAUGUACAGUCAGAUGACAAGAAAGAGCCAACAAUAACUAAAUUUGAUAAAGUUGAUGCGGAAUCUAAUGACAAACACCAAGAUAUACAUCAGUCAGAGUUGGAGUCCGGCGACAAGUUAUCAUUCAGUAGGGUUUCAAAUGUAGAUGUGUGUACUCAGGAGUUAGAAAUGACAGAAGAUGAGGGAGGUAAUAAUCAAGAGAUUGCAGCAGUAGAUAAGGAGGUUUUAGACUCAGAAGGAGAGGAAAAUGUUGACGCCAAAGAGCCGGUGGGGGUCUUUGCAUAUUCUGGACUGGCUGAUGUGGAUGUGUGCGCUACAGAGCUUGGAGGAAUGGAGGUGAAAAUGGAAGGGUUCAGUGGUGAAAAUGAUACACAUAUCCUUGAGGAGAGAAGCUCAAAACCCCAACCCGGGGGAAAUCUUGUAGAAUCAUCAGUGUCUCAGUGUGAAACCCCCGAGGGUGAUGAUCAAGAAGCAGAUGAUCAGGAAGUAAAAACAAAGCUGGCAGGAACAGAGCCUGAAGCUUCUUCUGAGGAAACACAUGAAGGUUUAGCUCAUAUUGAGGGUGGAUUAGAUAGUAAUGCUACACCAGAGGAUGAUUCCUCGGUUGAGAUUAGCUUUGAAGAUGAGGUCACUGCAUUGGCAACAGGCCAAAAAAUAUCUGUCACACAAGACCAUGGUGAAUCUGAGAUGGAGGGAGUUGAAAAGGAAGUUAACUCUGAAGGGGAGGAAAUGGAAAGUCAGCAUGAGGCAUCUGAAAUAAUGAAGGAGAUGAUGGACACAAAUGACUCAAAUUUAAAUAAUAGUGAUGAUGAUGAUGAGAAAGGAGAAGGCGUUGAAAACAUCAGCUCAUCAUUUCAGCCCACCAUCGAGGCAGAUGAAGAGGAAAGAGAGGAUGAAACUGAUCGCAAAAAUGAUGAUAACAAGAACAUGCAUGAAGGCAAAUUUCAGCAAAAUAAGGAUUCUGAAAAUGAGACUAAGUCAAGUGACCCUGACUUUAAAGAAGAUGAUACAGCAAGCACGGCUGGGGGAGAUGAAGAGGGCAUACCUACAGAAGGUUACAGUAAGAAGGAAGAUGAAGAAACUAAUGAUGGUGAUGCCGCAAAUCAUUUAUCACAAGUAACCCAGUCAAAUAUAUCAACUACUGCAAUGGAGACGGAGAAUGAACCUUUUGAGGCAAGUGCACAGCAUCUACCAGAGGAGAACAAGGAGAGUCAGAGAUCACUUGUAGAGUCACACCCAGACGACACAGCUGAUGAAAAAGAGGUCACGUUAAAGGAAGCAGAGGAACUUGUAGAAGAAGGGACAACUGAUUCUGAAAUACAAGAGAAAAGUGAAGAGGACAAGCUGGAUUGUGGCUGCUCGGAGGACAUUAUGGACAUUCCUCUGGAUGACCCCGAGGCCAACAGGGCUGCUGCCAAGAUCCAGGCUGGCUUCCGUGGCCACAUGACCCGUAAGAAGAUGAAGCCGGAGGACAAAACAGAAGGGGAGGAGAGACAGGAGGAUCGGGGGCAGUAGAGAGAGACGACACAUCUGUGCCAGAGCAGUGAUACCCCCGUCCUGACCUGGAUGAAGAGAAAGAGUUGGAAGCAAGGUAGCGAGAGAUGGCUGGCAUGAGCUGGCUGGGCUGGCUUUCAGGCACACCUUUUUACCCCAGGAGUCAUUUUCUUUUUCAACACAAAUUAGCAGUAGAAAAAGAACAGUUUUGAGGGUGUGUUAUAUGUGAAUUUUGUGAACUUUAACACUCCUUCUCUGCUUCUCCAGCAGUCUCAUCAGUACGGAUGUCUUUGACCCAGAAUUUGCAACUCGCUGCAUGUACUUGUGAAACUUCUGGUAGUGUGCUAGUUUUUAGAUGAUGAUCUGUGAACGUGAAAAUGAAUGUCUCUAAAUGCUAAACAGGGCUUAUUUUGGAUGGAUCAGUUCAUACCAUCUGUGCAUAAACCUUGUAUGCAUCAGCAUUAGGUUUUGUGUAGUGGCUUAAAUGAUUUGUUGUGUUGCAUUGUUUUCUGAUGUGCUUGUAUCUUGACUAUUAUUUCAUGAAUUGACUUGCUUAAAAAAUUAUUAAAACAUCAAAAGAGAAGGAGCUAUGUAUGUUCUAUUGGUUAUCUUUUUGAUCACAUGGUAAGUAAGUUCUCUAUUCACCUUUUCAAGCAUUUUCUAUAAAUCUGAUCUUCCACAACAGUAAGCAUGCAGUAAUUACACCUUUAUUUUAAGAUGCAUUUGGUACAGCUUUACCUUAAGACACACUGGUUCGGUAUGCUCUGUUGUUGUGUUGGUGGGUUUGACUUGUUUGACUUAUGUUAACUCAGCUAUGUGAAAUUCCAUUGUCAGAGUUUGCAGAGCCUUCAUGCUUUAAAACUAAUUAAAUAGUACCUUGCUGUACUUUGCUGUAGAGUCAUGGCAUUAUACUAAUAAAUCACCUUACAUAUAUGGUGAAA